GUUGGCACCAUUCUGGUGCUGUGCCUUAAGGCUUGCCCUAAUUCACCUUGAGAAGCAUCUUCUCUGUCUUCGAUCCCUUUUCCUUUUAAAGGGGAAAACUAACAACAUGUCGAAGAAGAUGUGACUUUCGAGAUCAAAGAAUGCCGGUUUCUGUUUUUGAUUCUGAAUAGACAGGCACUAAGACAAUCAGAGUCUCAUUGUCUUACUGCCUCUUUAUUCUGUUUCUGAUUCUGUUUUCUGAUUCUUUCUAAAUGCCUCUUCCUCUUUCUGAUUGUCUUAGUGACGCCAGUGGUGAUUUCGCAGGCCGUGGAUCAGGUGGUGGAAUCCAUCCGAGAAUGCGUCAAGGAAAAGGAAACGAGGUUGGCGAAGUACUUGGAGCCUUAUUUCAAUUAAGGGUUACCAUGAAAUUACCUGGAUCCCGCGAUGUCUGUUGACCUGCGGUGGCGCCCCUUGAAUUCAAGGGAAAGCGCAGCAGACCAGGACGCGACAGAUCCAGGAAAUUUGUAUAGCCCUUCAUUGUUUCAAUCAAGGAGGAUCGUCGAAUCCGUAUUUCAUCAAUGACUUAUGGUGGAGGUUCAUGCUGUAAUAAAUACUCUACUUGUACUUUUCCAAACCUAUCGUUCAUCUUUGUCUUCUAUCGUAGAGGACAUCGCUCCUGAAUCAUAGAGCGCCCUUGUUUGUGCUUCGAAACUGUAACCUUCUUAGACGUCGAGGCAAGCUAUAUCUUGAAACUGAAGUCAUCACCCUGUAGGGUGGACACUCUAUGUAGCUUUAUCCAAGGCGAGGUGGAUAUCAGCUCAGUUUACCCAGAAAUCCCAUACAUUUUCAGACUUGGAGUAGGUUGUCGACAGGAAAAGCCUAAAUACUUAUCUUCCACAUUUAGUUUUGGUCUCUUCUAAGUUUUGCUCUCUUUUGGACGACUGUGACCGAGUACCUUCCUGUGGUGAUACUCCUAGGGAUCAAUACGGUUCUCGUGCCGUUUUUGAUUUCUUUGAUAGCUCGUGCUCAGCGUGGGGAGCUGCGCUCGGACUACGAUGUCACAUGCUUGAAGCUAAACCUGGUCACGACAUUGCUGAAUUCAGUAUUGCUCUUAUGUUGUGAGCAAUGGUUUCUAGUAUUAUAGGUUCUUUAUGAUACUAGCUUGUAGAUGAAUCGAUUUCAGAACUCGGACUGUGCUGGACUAAAAAUUGACUAGAAGUCUACUCCCUCGAGUUGUUCUUGUUGGCUCAGGCGAUCACGAUAAGGUGAUUGCGAAUUUUCAAGUUCUAACUUUUCCCCUGAUUGGUUUGACGAGUCUGCAGACACUAUUGGCCUUCGCACUCGGCGAUCAGGACGGCGGUGGGGCAAAGGCUUAAGGCCGUGAAAUACCUCAUUUUUUUGCAAACUCGUCACAUCCCUUUUACAAGCGUAAACGUGAAGUAUGAGGAUUCUGAAUCUUCCUUAGCCUACGAUGUUAGAGAAUUACAUAUGGAGGCGGACGGAAGAAAAGCAAAAAUCAAAUGUUUCGACCUGCUUUAACGAGUGGGACCUAGUGCGAUGCCUGCAAAAUUUCCGUCGGGAGUAACAAUCUCAGCUGAGUUGACAUCCUUUGCAGGAAAUGCGCCUGGCGCAGGAAAUACAUCUGGUACUAUGAAGUUCGCUUUUACUGCAGACAGAGAAAAAAGCGUCUUUGUUGCUUCCAUGAAAAUGCUCUUGUAUAAUGAGAAUAGCAAGCGAACACCUUUACCUCAUGAUUGAAGAGGAGCGAAAAGCUCUAAAUUAAUGAAUAAGUAUAAUGGUAAUGCACUAGUAGUAUUACGAAGUAACUACUUUACGACGACAAUCUUCAACCCCUUUGCAGAUCCGGCGAAGAAGGGAAGCUCCUCGGGCGUCGUCCUGGAUUCCUGGCCAGCGACUUUUUGGAUCCGCGUCUCUGAGAAUAUUGCUUUUUCGAUCAGCGGAGUUUUUGCUUUGUUAUGAAAGAUGAACCAAGAGACUAAAAGUCUUCGUUGGUUCGGAUAUUCUUGGGUUAGCCUCUGCUUACAACAAAGACUGCAUACUCUUAAAGCCAACGUGAAGUAAGAGGGGGACAGUAUCUAAAUAAGUACGGCAAAAACGACAACCGGACAGAAACUGGGUGCAAAACUCACGCCUCGUAAUGCCUACUGUAGAGCACGAAAGCCUUGACGUUAUAGCUUCACUGCUGUAGAGUUCAUCGUGAUAGAUCCUAUUUCCAUCAUGCAGAUUGCGUUACGGGCAUAGUAUGAACACCCAAGGUUGCACACCGUCACUAUUUUUACCCAAUUUUGCAUACCGUCACCAUUAUUUUCAUCCAAUUUUGCGUGCUCCCGUCACGAUCACAUAACGUUGCAUACCGAUAUAGCGACCAUGAUCCCAAUUAUCGAAAAUCCAAGUUUUUCAUUUUCUCGGUACGUGAUCAACGCGACGUUUUUGACGACCGCCACACAGCUGACGCAGGUAUCGCAAGCGGCUUAUCGGCUAUUCAUGAACACUUUUGUUGCAGUCACGGAAAUGGAGAAGGAUGUCGCCAACACACCAUGGGCUUUUGAUUGGGGUUAUUGGUACUUGGAGAGUAGUUGUUUUUUUCUGAUUUUCUGAGCUUUUGAUUGGGGUUGUUAGUACUCAUCAGAUAGCUCUUGUUGUUUUUUUGUUGUGAUUUUCUAGGCUGUCGAUUGGAAAUAUGGGUACCGGUAUUGACAAAUGAAUCGGUACUAUGCUCAAAUAUGUAUGGUGUCUUCUGGUUUUCAUUCUAAAUAUUUCAACUAUUUCCAUGCUGUCUCCGGUGCAACUAUCUCAACUAUCAAUCAGUGUCUUGUAAUAUUUCUCAAACUGUUAAAAAUAGGUAUGCGUGGUCUCUGGUAAUAUUUUUCCAGGCACUACUAUGGAGCCCGACUGUUCCAUGGAUGACGCCGUUGGCUUGUCUUCUCUUUUACAUGAAGUAUAAGGUACGAAUGAGUAGUAUAGUCAAUGCUUCUACUUCAUCUUGAAGAUACGUGAAAUAAUAGAAUGAGGUAUAAGCAGCUGAGUAGCCUUCUAUCCUUAUUGGGGAAGCGAAUGACUUCCUAUCCUAUCCUAUCCUGAAUGAGACAUCAGGCUCGUCUUAUUGAGUGCGGAAGUACAAGAAACACGCACAGCAUCAAUCUCCCGUACCCGCCUCAAGCCUUUCAUUCAAGACGGACAAGUACAACCUCUUCUACAAUUAUGACAUGUAUAGAUGUGCAGUAGCAAUUGCAGCCGCCAGGAGUAGCGACUUUCGGUAGCGUGUAGGGAAAAAGCCUCUACUUUUCUGUCCAUUUACCUAGGAGCUGACGCCACCUCCAUCUCCAGUAGGAGUUUUUCAGUAGCCGGAAACGAAUCUUCCCGGUUGUUGGAGGUCUAGAAAAAAUUGGAUGGUAGGAUGCAACUGAGCACAAGUAUGUGCAUGUGAUCUAAUGUAAUGUGUACUCGUGUCUGCAUCUAAUGGAACGUGUACUCGUGUCUACAGCAGGAAUCGGGAGGCGUGGAGAAGCUGCUACCAAUCGUCGUCCAAGCAAUGAUACUUUUAUGAGGGAGUGAUAUUUUUAAAAAGGAAUCUAAGUACUAGAUAGUUACUUUAGAGUCAACAUUUUUUACCGGUGUGUCAGGAAGUACUCAUGUAGGUUUUUGCCUGCUGGUACAGUCCAGGUAAGGGAGCAGUUGCUUCGGAUGAAAUCAGUAAAAUCCAUGGGGUACUCUUAUUUUUUGCCGUGGCGUGCAUGCAGUUCUUUCUCAGUGGAUGGCUUUUCGUGAAAGUGGUGCCUUUAUUAUGAAAAAGCACUCAGACUCAGCAAUCAGGUACGCAAUCAAGAUUCUCUACAGUUACCUCAGUGGGUAAUCAAGUGCUGACUCAGAGUGCUCGAGUAUUGCGUAUCACUUAGUGUGGACUCAAGAGACUGAAGCUAAUCAAAUACUCCUAGAUUACCCGGGAGCAUGGGCCCAAGUGACUUAAGAUUCUAGACCUUCGUACUCUUUGAAUAUCACCUUGUUGGUCUUUGAAUCUCAUGAGGAGCUCUACUAGUGCAGUUUCAAGACUCUUGAUUUUCUUUCAUAGCUCUUGGAAAAUCACGGCUUCGGAGGGGCUCCUUCAGAUGCUGACAAUCUUAUCGAGAGCGACACGGAUGCAGACUCAGUGCGAGCGCGCUCGUCUUACUUACGAUUGAAGAUUUUAUAAAGAGGAAUACUCGUUAUACGACUUACUGCCAAGGACUAGAAUUUUCAUAGCCAUUAUGCACAGGCCGAGGUAAACUCGCCUCAGCGUGAUGCUCUACAGUCGAUCUUGCCUGCUAGCUUGAUUUUCAUGCAUUUUGUGAUAGUUCCAUUUUCAAACUAGGCUCUUCAGCAGCCGUUAAAGUCUGCCACAUCGGAUGGUAGGCCCCAACCUAACCUAACCUUCAAACUAGAAUGGUUGAUUUUCAAACAAGACUUCCCUUUUGCUAUGUAUUGGACAGAAAGGUAGCAUCAUCUACUUCUAAUAUUGAGCUUGAGCGGCCACGGCUUUGUUCCUCUGUUUCUAUCUUCUGAAAUUGUCAAUCAUCGAGCGGUGCGAGCUUGUCUCGCUCUCCUUGCGACCUCCGUUCUACUCAUUUUGUUAUGACAGACUCCGACUACUAGAUAUGUGAAAGAGUUUUGCUUCUUCUGUAUUCUAACAGUACAAGACAUGCGAAUAGACAAUGUAUUAAUGCUACCUCUUCUCCUUCACGCAUGACUGUGAAUACAUUUUGUAUCUCCUUCAUUCUGGUAACAGCAAUAUUUUUAUCCUGUCAGGAUUUCCAAGUGCCUUCUUGGCCGCUUUCUUGCAGUUGGCUGCGCUAUGAUAUAGGUGCGUAGUGGUUGACACUCUUAUUUGGUCUACUUGGUUUGUCGCACAACUGUAGGGUUUCGUCAAUGUUAAGAACCUUCGUCUUUAUACUAGCUUACCAAGUCCGAGAAUAUUGCUCCACCUCUACAUAAGGUUUCGUCGCAUCCACCACUAAGAUCUAGUUCGUUUUAUGUCGCCUCAUGGCUGCGGCGCACCAUGCAGCAGCAUCUGCGGUCUGAUAUUAAGGAUUGAAGCGUAUCAGAGGCACAGAUCAGAGGCACACGCGUGGCGUGAGCUCUAAAGAUGCAGGCCUUCUUUUUUAUCUCUAUCGUGCAAUAGGUUUUGUGAUUAUUCUGUAAGGUUGACCAGAUUACAGUGCUGUUGAAAUGAAGUGAAUUGCUUCAACCUCUAAUGAUACAGGCCAAGUAGAGGACACCAGCGACGAAGAUGAGGACUGGGAGAAGGAGUAUGAAGUGCACAGCGAAGCCCUUUCCGAAGCCUAUCUUCCUCCGACAAUGGACGGACAUCCUACUAGGUGGAGUGCGAAACUGUUGUUAAGGCUUCCCAGUGAAGAAAUUCAUCCAUCUAGGUAACUAUCUAUCUAAUUAGUAGUGGUACUUCUGAUAAACUUAUACUACAUAGUAUAAAGCAAUCGGUUUUGAGUUUUCCCUCACCUUAGGUUUCUCCCUCCAUCCAGUCUAUUUACCGACUUGUCUAACCACCUAGUAUUUAUCUACAGCUCCCUAUUUGUGUAACUGCUUCGUAUUUGAUGCCUGGCUACAACUGAUUUGUCUAUCUGCCGACUUGUCUUCUAGCUAUCAUUCGCUCAGAAGCAUCGUGAAGGCUGGAAGUGGGAAGGAGGCUAAUUUUUCUUUGAAAACUUCUAAUUUUGGAGGAGUUGCGAAUCUACGACUUUUUGAAGCUGUACGAGACGUAACGGGGUAUUCCUUCUGGAUUGUAACCAGUUGAAGACCUCCGGCUUACUUUGUUGAUCAGAAGGUCCUACCUCUACUCGAGGGUGAGGAGGGGUGCUGCUACUGGUGGGUUUGUCUUGCUUGUAGAGGUUAUUACCCGGGGAUAACAAAGGGUACUCCUAUACUAAAUAGUAUAUGGUGGCUUGACGUGCUCAUAAAGGUCCUUCCUCGACAAUAUUUGCUUGUCUUGGUCAUGUUAAGGGUCUAGCACUUGUGGUGGAGGAGGGGGCACACUUCUAUUUACGGAGUGGCUUGUUUUGACUUGUGCCUGGAAAUGAGAUGGUCGUGGGGAGGCCUUGGGAAUAUAACUUGGAAAUGACACGGGUGCGAUUGCUGGGAUACUUGAAUAAAAAUUUUCCUUUUGCUGUUUUCUUGCUCGAAGACGGUGCCCUCGACGUCACAUGUUGGCGCCCCAACUGUUGGCGCCUUCUCGAUUGAAAAUGUUCAUCACAUGUUAGCGUCUUCCUGAUUGAAAAUCUACAUCACAUGUUAGCGUCUUCCUGAUUGAAAAUCUACGUCACAUUUUGGCGUCUUCCUGAUUGAAAAUCUACCUCAUCUUUUGGCGUCUGCGCUCACCGCCGCCAGUGCUUUAAAUUGCAACAGGCACUCGUGUCUGUGAAGAUCGGAUAUCAUGAAAUGAAAUAGCUGACUUCUUGGCAAACGCGAGGUAGAUGACUAUCCAUUUGCGAUGAAAGUGCAUCGCUCUUCCUCGUCUGUCUCCGAAGACACUCAAACGCAAACAGUAGCUAGCUCAGAACUUGUGGUGCUCAACCCUUCGGCCGUUUAUUAUUUUCGUAUCCUACCAGAACGAAGGUUCAUGACCAUGAGCUCAUUUUGUUGAUGCCGGACUCAGGAGAUGGAGAAAGAAACUUGAAGAACGUAGCAGUCCAUGCCCA